AUGGCCGACGACGAAGCUGUUCAGCCGGUGGAUGCUAAGGAACCAAUCGAGCUACUGAUUUUGCUUGAGGAAAUACUAAGAAACCAUAGGCAAAACAUGCUCCUUGUAUGCAUGCUUAUAUCUGUGGCCAAAUCCAAUUCACAUAAAAGGAAACGGGGUGGAAGGGGGAUCCCAGAGGUAAUGAUUGACUCCAUUCCUGCUCAUGUAAAACAGUUGGACAGGCUUACCCGGGUUUCUGAUCGUUCAUGUCUAGACAAUCUGCGUAUGGAUAGAAACACUUUCGGUAAAUUAUGUCGAAUUCUGCGUGAUCGCACUGGAUUAAUAGACCAAAAAUUUGUAACCGUCGAGGAACAAGUUGCUAUGUUUUUGUCCAUUCUUGCACACCAUAAAAAGACACGGGUUGUAGGCCACGAUUUCAUGCGUUCUUCUGAAACAGUUUCUAAAUACACACAUAUGGUGCUUCGUGGUGUGCUCAGUUUGCAUGAGUUGUUGUUAGUUAAACCUGAACCGGUUGACGAUGACUGCACGGAAUCAAGAUGGAAGUGGUUUAAGGUUGGGAGGGUUCCGCAGGUGAUUCGAGGGUAUUACGUGAUGCAAUCAGCCGUCCUCUCGGCCUUAAAGUACCCAAAGGUAAAACAUUUUGUUAUCCACUCUAUAGUGACGAGGGCAGGCUUGAAGCUAACCUUUUCAUGGGCUUUCACAUUUGCAGAUUGCUAUUACCUAUGUGACAAUGCGUAUGCCAACAGCGAAGGAUUCAUCACCCCGUACAAAGGCAUUCGGUACCAUCUGAAGGAGUGGGGUAACGGAACUCAAGCACCUCAAACACCCGAAGAAUUGUUUAACUUGAAGCACUCUAAAGCACGGAAUGUGAUUGAGCGUUCGUUUGCAUUGCUCAAGAUGCGCUGGGGAAUUCUUCGCAGCCCAAGCUACUAUCUUAUCGAGGUCCAAACGGGUUUGAUAAUUGCUUGUUUCUUGCUUCACAAUUUUAUACGUACUCACAUGGAGGUGGAUCCAUACGAGGAAUUGUUAGGAGUUCACUAUGACGACGGGUAUGUGAGUGAUCACGAUGACCCUGUGUUGGCCACUAUCUCAACCGUCGCGCCGACACCAAUGUGGUCGAAGAAGAGGGACGACCUUGCUGCUGCAAUGUGGGCUGAGAGGAAUACCGUGUGA